ACGUGGAGGCGAGCAGCUGAUCAGGAAGAAGCUGCAGCAGCAGCAAUAUAAUCAAUAUCAGCAUUAGCAUACCUGUCAACCAAUACGGGUUACUCCGUACAGUCUUCUUUUACAGGGGGGGGGGGUCUUCAGGUCUAUACCGCGUACAGCCGUUUCAAUACGGGCAAAAAAAUGAUUGUCAAUUUGUUUGUAUUUCUUCCUUGUGAUGGGACUUUGUAGGGUGAACGUUGAGAUUUAUAAGCAAGAGUAAAAGCAAUAGCGGCAACAGUGUAAUCGAUAACAGCGGAUACAGCAGAAUCAACAUCCUCAUCGGCAGGCUCAGUAUCAGCAGCAGCAUCAACAGCAGCAUCAACAUCAGAAGCAUCAUCAUCACCAGCCGCACCAUCAACAUCAGCAGCAUCAUCAGAAGCAGCAUCAUCAGAAGCAACAUCAUCACCAGCCGCAUCAUCAUCGCCAGCAGCACCAUCAACAUCAGAAGCAUCAUCAGCAUCAUCAUCAGCAGCAUCAUCAGCAGCAUCAGCAUCAUCAGCAGCAUCCAUCAGCAGGUGGUGGUAGCGGUGCAGGAUUCGCUGCUCUCCCUCUCUCGGCAAUGGACGGGGGGGUUAUCCUCCUCCUCCUCGCGGCGGCGCUGGCGGCGGUGCUGCUGCUGAUGGUGGCGGUGUUGGUGGCCGUGGUUCGUAGCGGGUCCCGAGUGGCCGUGGGGCCCGGGUCCCCCCCCCUCGUGUGCGUCCUCGUGCUGGGGGACGUGGGUCGCAGUCCCCGCAUGACUUACCACGCGCUCUCCCUAGCGGAGCACGGCUUCCAGGUUCGACUACUCGGCUACAGAGGAGCCAAGCCUGCCCAGCAUCUCCUGGAGAAUGAGCGAAUCAGCAUUGUCUACCUGCGCGAGAGGAUGGGUUGCCCAGUCGGACCCCGCCUGCUACGCUACGUCAGCAAGGUCCUGCUCCAGGCCCUGCAGCUGGCGUGCACCCUGCUGCUGCACGAACCACGGCCCCAGUGGCUCCUGCUGCAGAAUCCCCCGGGGCUGCCGGCCAUGGCGGUGUCGUGGUUCUGCUGCCGCGUGCGUGGUGCCCGCCUUGCCGUCGACUGGCACAACUACGGCUAUACCAUCAUGGGGCUGAGCUUGGGGGGGGAGCACCCCCUCGUGCGGGUGGCGAGAUGGUACGAGGGCCGUGCGGGGCGGCUGGCCGAUGCGCACCUCUGCGUGACCUCCGCAAUGCGGCACGACUUGGAGAAGACGUGGGGCGUGCAGGCGGUGGCGCUGCACGACCGUCCUGCGGAGGCCUUCCGCGAGACGGCGCUGCACGAGCAGCACGAGCUGCUCACCCGCCUGGGCCUGCAGCACGCCGCCUUCGCACCCCCCUCCUCCUCCUCCUCACAGAUGCGGAGUGAGCCUGGCGUGGAGCUGACUGCACUCACCGAGCGCAGCGUGGACGGCACGCGGCGCCUCCCUGACGGCCCGGCGCUCCUCGUUAGCAGCACCAGCUGGACCGAGGAUGAAGAUUUCUCCAUCCUGCUCAAAGCGCUGGAAGACUACGACCGCAGGAAGUCAGAAGGGACGCCCCUCCCCGCGCUGCUCUGUGUCAUCACAGGCCGCGGGCCGCUGAAGAGCCGCUACGAGGCUGAGAUGGCGUCUCUCCACCUGCGCCACGUCUCGUUCUGCACGCCCUGGCUCCAGGCCGAGGACUACCCCCGGCUGCUCGGGGCGGCCGACCUCGGGGUGUGCCUGCACAAGUCUUCGAGUGGGCUCGACCUGCCCAUGAAGGUGGUGGACAUGUUUGGCUGCUGCCUGCCCGUGUGUGCCGUCUCCUUCCCGUGCCUGCACGAGCUGGUGCAGCACGGGGAGAACGGACUCGUCUUCUCAGACUCGCGGGAACUCGCCCAGCAGCUGGAGAUGCUGUUGGCUGGGCCUGCCGACCAACGGCACCAGCUGGCUCGUUUCCGCGCCCGCCUGCGCGUCUGGCAGCAGCAGCGGUGGCGUGAGAACUGGACGCGGGUGGUCCUGCCCGUGCUGCUGGCGCCGUGAUCGCCAGUGCUGCGAUGGCAGCGUUCCGGCUGUGCUAGGUUCCGGCCACGCCGCGUUCGGGAACACCACUGCCGAGCCUGCCAAAGUCCAGCACGGCCCCUCCAUCGCACCGUCUCUCCGUCGCACCGCCGAGUUUAUUCCAGGGGUGCUGCGGACGACUGGCAUGCAAGGAGGCUCAUGUCGUGGCCGCAAGACCGGAGAAGUUGGAUUGGGUCCACUGGCGAUGUCCAAUGGACCAAUGACAACUGACGGAGCAGCGAGAGUGAAAUGGAACUGGCGAAGUUGGGGGUCGCCGUGACGGGAGUAGGAUUGUGCCUAAUGGCUUUCCCACAUUUGUGCGGUCAUUACCGCUGGGUGUUUUUAUCAGGAUGCUCAAUGGGGACCUGUUUGCGAUGAGUCACGUCUACACCUGCGGGCCGUUUCCUCUUCCGGUCUUCGUGGUACAUCAGGUGUUGACCGUUAAUGCGUAAAUACAUGUUUGUUUACGGUUGCGAAUAUUGUGUUCCUGCACUAAACGGGGUUCGGGUUAUAAAGGAGGGCCUCAUACCUUCAACAGCCAGCAGCAGCCAAUUCACGAUCGAUGACCCGGCCACACGCCGCUGAUGAGACGGAGACGUUGAAACCCGCCCAAGACUUGCCGCUUAAAACAAAUGCCGAUGGAAUAUUGGUGCCCAAUGAUGGACUAUGAUUGUGGUGGAACCACCCCAUGUUGUUGUUUAUAAAUACUGUACAGUAGCCAUGAUGUUGUUACACUAUUGUAAAAUACAGCAGAAUGUGAACCUUGGGACGUUGAGUGUCCAACUACAAGUCUUCCUGCAAGCUCUUCGUGAUGGGUCGAGGCAAGGCCUAGAUCCCCACGCAUCCAACCCCCAUAUCGUUUGGGACUGAGUCAAACCAGUCAGACCAUCGUCUGACCUGGGCCACUUUAUUUGUUAAAUGGAAAAGCUUGAAUAAGGGAGGGCUUUCCACUCAAAGACGUUUCUCGUCUGGGAAACCAAACCCACCUCGUGGCACAUAUGCCCAUUAACUCCAUGGUGCCUGUAAUGAAUUUGUGAUUGUGUGUGACAUUGAUGGCAAUUGGUGACUGAAACUGAGCUGGACCUCUAAGUAAACAGGCGCGAGUAUGAUUGAUAGACUUGCCCCUGCCAGAGAAAUGUGGAAUUGAUACUCCGGACUCGGAUGGAUGUGAACGGAUGGAGUAACCACCUCGGAGUUACUUUGAGCAGAACAUCGCUGCGAUGCUCGUGUGAGGAGUCUGCCGUGUGACGGGGAAAAGGGCCCACAAUCGUUGGCAUUAUAUUUUAAAAUCUGACUUUUUUCACAUCAUAUUUGACAAAAGCCUGAACACUCAAUAAUUAAAAAGGCUCUUAGAAACCCAAAUUAGGGACUAAAAGUGGUUAAUCAAUUUCAUGUUGCGGAUACAUUUAAUUCCAGUGAUGGAAGUAAUUAUCAUG